AAACAGAAGGGAAAUGAAGCCUUCGGCAAUAAGGACAUGCCGGGUGCGAUCCGCUAUUACACGAUGGCAAUCCGUCUGGACGAACACAACCAUGUCAUGUACAGCAAUCGUUCAGCAGCGUAUGCGGCUCUUGGCGACUGGUUCCGAGCCCUUGAAGAUGCUGAGUUCGCCAUUGAGCUGAGGCCCGAUUGGGCUAGAGGAUACUCCCGGAAGGGAGCAGCAUUGGCCGGUCGUGGGAUCUUUGAUAAGGCAGUGGAGGCGUAUAAGAAGGGACUUGAGUUG